CCCGCCGCUGAGGGCGGGGCCGGCGCGGCCGUUGGCUGAGGCGGGCGGGGCGUGUCGCGGUGCCUCCGCCGCGCCCCACCCGCCACCGGCCGCCGCGGCCCCGCAGCCCCGUUCCUGCUCCUGCCGUGGCCGCCCGGCCUCGCCGCGGCUCCGAGCUGUCUUUUCAAGAGAUACAGUCUAUUGGAGAAGAUAGAAAAAUAAGAACAGAAAGCGAAGGCAUUCACAGCGACAAUAUUCUCACCUGAAGAAAGAUGGCAGAAAUCAAUUCUCCUGUAAAUAUCAAGGAAAAGAUCAAUGCAGUCCGAUCAAUUGUUCCAAACAAAAGCAAUAACGAGAUAGUGAUGGUGCUGCAGCAGUUUGAUAACAACGUGGACAAGGCUGUCCAGGCUUUUGUGGAUGGCAGCGCAACUCAGGUUCUGAAGGAAUGGAAUAUGACAGGCAAAAAGAAGCAGAACAAGAGGAAAAAAAGCAAACCUAAACAGCACCAAGGCAAUAAAGAUCCCAAAAUUAAGAAUGGUGGACCUGAGGAGGUGUCCCAAGAGCCCCAGGGAGUGCACAGCUGCCAUCUGAACGGCUGCGCCAAGGACAACUCGUGCGGUGGUUCUGCCGCUUCUCCUGAGAAGAGAGGCUCGGGAUUUGCUGAGUCAGCGCCGCUCUGUCCAGAAAUCACAGACAAAGAACGCGAACACCAGAGAGUUCCUGUGGAAUCGAACCCAAAGGCCACGAGCGGAGCGCAAGCGCAGGAGUGUGUGCAGCCCCCAUGCAGCCAGGGCAGGCCAAGGUCCAAAUCUUCCUCUGCUAAAUCAUCCAGCGCCACAGCCCAGCCUGAAACAAAGACAGACGAUUCCGUCAAAAAAAGAGGGCCGAACAUUGAAAAAUCAGUAAAAGACUUGCAGCGUUGCACCGUUUCUCUAACCAAGUAUCGGAUGAUGAUCAAAGAGGAGGUGGAUAAUUCGGUGAAGAAGAUCAAAGCUGCUUUUGCAGAGCUCCACAGCUGCAUCGUAGACAAAGAAGUGUCAUUAAUGGCAGAAAUCGAUAAAGUUAAAGAAGAAGCCAUGGAGAUCCUGACGGCUCGGCAGAAGAAAGCGGAGGAGCUGAAGAGGCUGACAGACCUGGCCAGUCAGAUGGCUGAGGCACAGCUCUCGGAGCUCAGGGCUGAGAUCAAGCACUUUGUGAGUGAACGGAAAUAUGACGAAGAGCUGGGCAGGUCUGCCCGAUUUUCCUGUGACACGGAACAGCUGAAGACCCAAAUUCAGCUCUGUGGAGAAAUUUCUCACCCAAAGAACAACUAUUCCUCAAGAACACCAUGUAGUUCGGUGCUGUCUUCAAUGACCUCGCGUGCAACGACUGGCAAGCAAAACACACACAGCCGCAAGUCCUCUAGUAACGCCAAGAACUCUGAUAAUAAACCAGCCAGCGCUAAAGUACAAAGUCAUCCUUCUUCCAGUCCUACAGAACCUUCUUCCCAAGGAAUCCCAACAAAUAAGCAGAAUGGGCCUUCUAACCAGAGACGAAGAUUCAACCCGCAGCACCAAACCACCCGGCCAAAUGGAUCUCAGAAGUCACAAGGUGCCAGCAACGAGGCGGAUCAAAACCACGCCAAGAGCGGCUCCAGGGCUGAGCACAGAAGGCAGCAGCACAACAGCUUCCGAUCUAAAAACAAAGGAGCUGCAAAGAGCCAGGAGCAGCCCGCAGCCGCAAGGACCUCAGAGCAGCCGGUGCAUUGGGAGAAGCCGCGGCGCAAGCAGCCCGGGGCCGAGGGGGCCGAGCCGCGGCCCGUGGACGGCGUGGGCAGGGUGCUGCCCUGCCACCUGCGGCCCACCGGCGUGGACGUGCCGGCUGACGCCACCGUCCUGGCUGUGCCAGCCCUCACGCUGGUGGCUUGAAACGCCACACGCAGAGAAGUCCGACCUCUUCGGUUUGAGUUUCUUUCUCCGGGUGCUUGCUGGUGAAGAAAAUAAGUCAGAAUGUAGUCGUUUAAAAUCUGUUGCUGCUUAAAACGUGGUGACUUUUAUUCCUCACUGAGUAUCAAAAUUCAUACUUUAAAGUCCUUGCCCAGUACGUUCAUAGUUAUUUUGUCAUGGCAGUCCAGAAUCUCACCAAAGCAGCGUUUACUUCUUAGAAAAAUGAAAUCUAGAUUGAAAAAAAAUAUAAUGAAAUCAUCAUAGCAAAAGACCUGCUGUAGAUAUGUGAUUAUACUGCCAACAUUAUUGGUUUGUAGAGCAGCCUGUGGUAGAAGGGCCGCAGGAAGCCUGUAUGCUGUGGUCUGCAGUGAAAUCUGAUAAUCCUGCAAAUCUCUAUACACCUCUUUCUUUCUGUGCGUGUAUACACGUAAAUGCAUGCACACUGUGUACACAGAAAGUAUUGUUAUAUACAGGAACAUUUGAAAAAGCAGUACAUUUGAUUUUAGCUUAUCAUUCCAUAAUCUGAGAUCUUUAAAUCCAAGUAUAAAUUGUAUUAAAUGUAUUACAUAUUGGUAUUUUUCAUUGACAAACUAUUUUUAUGAGGCUGAGGAGAUAUGCUCAUUUCUUAAGUUCGGAAUGUACAUAGUCAUGGCUAUUCAGAUGCACAGCCCUCUUCUCCAUCCCGAUCAGCCACUUUUCUAUCACUAGCUGGGUUUAUUUUUUUGCAUAUGAGAAGUUGCAUGUGUUCUAGACUUGAAUCCAAAUUAUUUUUCUAUAUUUUUGCUGUAGGAACCAUCUGUCCAUAGCAAGAGCUAUGACUAAUAAAUCUGUCACAGCAACAUGCAGCCGAAUGUGGAGGUACAUAUUUGAGCAGAUACUACGUCCUUCCAAGUUUUCUAUGAAAGUUCAAAUCUCACUUAGUCUUAAUGUUCUGAUUCUGUAUUUCAGAAAACCUGUUUCUCCCAAAAAAUUAAAAUCUUCUUUCUAAAAUA